ACAUGACACAAGAAUUCAACCCCUGGAAUCUAGAGGAUUAACCAUACCAAAGUUCCUUUUUGACUUCUGCCCAUUUGAUGAAGUUCUAGGGAAAAGUAUCAGUUCCAAACCUCUCAUAGAUUUGAUUGGAGUAAUCAGUCAUAUUGGUCCAUAUGAUUUUGCGAGCCCAACAUCAGACAAAAAACUCAGGAGAAUUAAAAUUCAAAACCUAGAGGAACAGACUCAAGAUGUCCUACUCUGGGGACAAUAUGGAGAAUCAUUCAACGAAGAUGCAACACUCCAUAAAUCAAAGGAUGGAAUUGUAGUAGCCAUCUUUGCUGGCCUUACUGCAGGAAAAUUUUCAGCUAUAACAAAAGCAUCUUCAAGCUCUGCUACUGAAAUAUAUAUUGACCUGGACACACCUCAAGUUAGAGAGUUUCGCACUAGCUACAAAUGGGAACGUCCAACUCUUGAGCAACAACUCCCUAAGGUUAUACGUUUAACCCCGAUCCAAGCAGCAGGAAAAAUGUACACCUUAAGUGAGAUAUCAGCUAUGCCUAUUUCAGCCUUUCAGGGUGGAGCUACAUACAGUGCUACUGCGAAAAUAACUGCCAUACUGUCAUCAAUUAAAUGGUAUUACAUAGGAUGCCAUCGUUGUGAUAAAGGGUACAUCAACAAUUCUGAUUCACCAAGAUGUGCUUGCGAAGUUUCAUUCCGCAAACCAAUGUACAAACUCCCUGUCACGAUUACAGAUGAAUCAGGGAGUUUAGAUGCAGUAGCAUUUUCUUUUGUUGCUGAAGAUUUGGUAGAGCUUGAUGCAGCCCAAGCUUCCCAAAACAUGAAGAUAGACCCGGCUGAUCAUCCAACAACACUCAAUAAUGCCAUUGGUAAAACAAAAAUUUUUGCUAUAGGGAUGAAUACUGAUACAUCUUCUAAGUUCCCUAUCAGCUAUGUGCUUAAGAAGAGUUUCACAAUUGAGCCUACUAUGUCGGUCCCUAUGCUCACAGAUGGAGAGCCUUUGAAGAACAAAGAGGUACUACAGCUUCCACCACCUGCACCACAUACAGAUAACCCAAGCACAACUAUUCAUAAUACAGGAGCAUCAAGCAAAAGUACACCUCCUGAAAUAUCUUUGGCUGAUAAAACUCCAACUGAAAAAACCAGCUCAACUACAAAAAGAGCCAUUGAUUUCACUAAAGACUCCAUUGAGGAAACCAGAAGCAUACAGAGGGAAAGGCUGAUUUUCCUGAAGACUCCAUUGAGGGAACCAAAGGAGCUACAAACUGCAUUGCAUACCAAUCUGCCUGACCAAUCUACAUAAUAAAAUUGGUGAACACAUGCUGUCUGACCUACGGUGAUUUCACUAUGCGGAAGACUUAUUAUAUUUUCCUUCCAUAUGAAGACUUCAUUAUGUCAUAUGCAUAAGACCUGCUAUAUUUUAUUAGGGUCCCAUUCUGUUCUCCAUCUUGCAGCUAUAGCAUUAUCUCUACUACAAUUCUAUAAUAUCAGUACUCCUCGAUUACAAAAACAUAUAAGAGAUUUCCCAUAUUUUCA